AUGGACCCUGAUUACAGCCUCCAGGAUGUGGUUAGAUGUCAUCUCUGUGAGAUCCCUGUCCCCCCUCUACACUGUGUCAUUUGUAACACACAUCUGUGUAAAGACUGUGAGGGGAAACAUCUCUCAGAUAAAUCCAAACAACACAAAGUGGUGCCAUUCAAUCUCCGGUUGACUACUAGUAUUCCUGGAUGUCAGAAGCAUUCAACAAAAAAAUGUAAACUUUUUUGUGAUCAAUGCAACAUUCCUAUUUGUGCAGUUUGUCACUCCUCUAAAGAACAUCAAACGCACAAUGUUGUGAACAUUUUCAUUGUUUUAGAAAGCAAGUCACAGGCCGCACAGAAAGAUUUACAAGAUUUAGAGAACUUCAUUUAUCCUAAAUAUCAAGAAAUUGCAUCUUAUCUAUCCGUUCAGAAAGCAAAUCUAAAGGAAAAUUCCAAAAAACUAAUAAUAGAAAUCAACAAACAUGGAGAUGACUUGCACAAAGAAAUAAAUACCAUUAUCAAAAAACUGAAAUCUGAUCUUGAUGAAGAUGGCUCUAAACAGCUGUCUAUCCUAACAAAACAGGAAACAAAAAUCACACGCACAAUUUCUGCAAUCAAACAGAGCAUUGCUGGUCUGAAGAAGUUACUGGACUCCAAUGAUGUUGUCAGCAUUGUCUCUGAGUACAAAUCCAGGAAUGCUGAAUUCAGAAAAUUACCUCCUAAACGUUUAGUUUCCUUACCAAGAUUUGUUCCUCAAAAGAUUAACAAGGAUCAGUUAAAUCAACAAUUUGGUUCUCUGUCAGCGUCAUCUAUCGAAACAGUAAAAGAUUUCUACCCAAAGGAGACUCCUGGUGCUGAGACUUCUCCUUCGGACAGACUAUCCAGAAAGCUAAGUGCUGCACCACACAUCAUCACAGAAAUUAUCACAGAGUAUGGGGCAUAUAAACUUAACAAUGCGUCCUGUCUUAGUGAUGAAAAUAUAUGGAUUUGUGGAAAUGACAACAUUAUGAGACUAUAUAACAUACAAGGGGAACUACUUAACUCAAUUCAAACCAAGUCUAAAAACAAACCAUACGACAUAGCAGUGACGGAGAAUGGGUGUCUUUUUUAUACUGAUUAUCAUGAUAGAACUGUGAACAUAGUGAAAAAUGCGCGGAUACAGAAAGUGAUCAAACUACAGGGGUGGAUACCUCUUAAUGUAUGUAUUGCCUUUUCUGGGGACGCCCUGGUUGUCAUGAUCAGUGAUGAUAAUAAACAAACAAAAGUCGUGCGUUAUUCUGGCUCCUUAGUAAUAGGCAGUAUUCAAUUCAAUGACAAAGGACAACCUUUGUAUUCAUCUGGGGUAUCAGUAUUAAACAGGGAAAUGAUUUUCCUUAACAACAAUAAAUUCAUUAGUGAGAACAGGAACCAAGAUAUUUGUGUGUCUGACUGUUUAGCCUGUGCAGUGGUGGUUGUCAAUCAGGCCGGAAAACUCCGGUUUACCUACACCGGAGUUCCGUCUUCCACCAAGGAAUCUUUUUUACCUAUUGGCAUCACUACAGAUAGCCAGAGUCGGAUUCUUACGGCAUGCUAUAACAAUCACCGUAUCCACAUAUUAGAUCAAGACGGACAGUUUCUCCGCUACAUUGACAACUGUAAUUUACGCAGUCCAUAUGGUUUAUGUGUGGAUACCAGAGACAACCUCUUUGUGGCUGAGUGCCACACUGGUAAAGUGAAGAAAAUACAAUAUUACAUGUAAUCUAGUUGUUUUAUUAUGGGGAGACGUUUAUGAUUAUUAAUAAGUUUAGAUAUGUUUAAUUGAUAAAAACUUUACAUAACUGCAAUUUUCUUAUCAAAAUUGACAGUUUGUUAUUGUCAUUUUUAUACAUAAGAUCAGGUGUUAAAAUGAAUAUUGUAAUUUUUCGGAAUAACACUAUGUAGUUAUUUAUUACUGAAAAGUAUUAACUAAACCAAGCUAAGUCCGAACACAAACUUAAGUGAUCAGAAAUAUGAUUUCAUUAAAAAAAAAGCUUUUAUUCUGCAGGUUAAAAGGGUAUGAAAAAUAUAAAUAAAUAAGAUAUUACAAAAAGUGUAAAUGGAACAUCUAUUAUCACAAGAAUUACCUAGAAUUAAAAUUCUGUGAAGAUUUAUUUCAUAGGAAUUUCACGAGGGUAAUUGUGAUACCAUAAUAAGUGAAUUGCUCGUAUUUUUCUUAAUCUGAGCAUGACACCAAUUUUCAGACGUACAUGUAUUUUAGAUAGAAAUUAAUGUUUGCAGUUGUCGCCCACGACAGAAUUCAUAUAAUAACUUUAUUUUGUCAUAUCACAUGAAACAAGAAAUCAUAUUGACGCAAGCGUCAAAUGGGCCGCAAAAAAUAUAAUUGUUGUAUGAAUCAUUGGUCGUUUACAUAAAAACACACUACAAAGAAAAAAAUAAAAGUUGGUUGUACUAAUUCUUAUGGUAAAUUUUAAUAUACUUUCAGCAACUUGUUUUGAAGUUGAACAUUUUACUAUUAUCAUAAAGAAUCGAGUUUGUUACUGAAAGCAUUUCUAACGGUAAUUGUAUGAUCAUUGCCAUAGUAUGAAGUAAUAGAGAACGCAUUGAUUUGUACAUUACUCUUAUAGUUCAACUCAUCAUUUUUCUCUUGGAGAUUAUGUAUUUCAAACCAGUUUGGUUUUUUGUUGUUGCAUUGUAUUGAAUUAAAACUCAAUGCAUUAGUUUAUAUGAUUUCAAGGGACCCCAUGAUAAAGUAAAAAUGGAUUAGUUCAAAUUUGCCAGUCAAUUCAAAAUUUCAUUUAUAAUUGAUAUGUAUGUCAUUUCAUGAUAUUUUCUACCACAUUUUACAUGGAGAUAUAAUAAAUAUACAUACAAAGUCAUUUUAUUUGACACGGCAUAUAGAAAUUCAAAUAUAUCAUUUAUAUAAAAUUUAAUGACAUUCAGGUCUUUAGUAUUUCGGGUCUGUAGUAUGUCCCGCAUACCUAUCCCGAUGCAUUGUUUUGAAAAGAAUGAAGAAAUUUUCCGAAUAGAUUAUAGUCUCGAUAAUAACGCGCCAAGGAGGACAGUCUACUAAGUACGACUUAUUUUUCAUUUACGAGUCAAACAAAAAAUAUGUGAUAUUUUUUAAAAGGCAUAAAACAUAUUUCUACAUGCAAAUUAAUUUUUAAUUCAUCAAAAAAGCAUAAUAUUAAUUCUAUUAAAAAAAGAACUAUC